AUGAGCACCUCUUCAUCUACGUCUUCCCGAUCGGCGGCACGGAGGACAGUCCACGGCGUUCCCAUUAAAUGUUGGUGUGGCAAAGGACUCGUUGUCUGGGCUUCAGAAACCAAAGAAAACCCAUUCCGCCGAUUCUACCACUGCGAAGUAGCACUUCAGAGGAAAACAGAGUCACACCUCUUCAAAUGGGAAGACGAAGCCAUUUUAGACGAAGUUAGGAUGUUGGAUGCGAAAAUCAUGGAUCUCGUACACGACAUUCAGACAUUAAGCAAAACCGUCUCUGAACAGAUAGAUCUACACAAGGCUGAGUGUGUGUUCAAGGUGGAUGAACACAUCAAGCAGAUGAAGCAAGAGAUUCGUCAAGCCACAAGACAUAUGAAAGAAGAGUUUGAGGCUAUCGUGUCUUCAAACACAUUGGUAAAACCGCUUGCCGACAGUGGCACCACCCACAACUUUCUUGCUGCUGUGGCAAUCGUUGGAGCAAUCGCAUGCUUAUAUUGGAAGUUCCUUUAA